AUGGAUGAAGGAAGACCCACGAACAAGUUGAAUUUCGCAAAACAUCCAGCUGCAUGGACCACAUCCGGAUUCGAGAGUCAUAAACAUUGCCGAGAGUACCGAAUACCUCUCUCCCUAACCUUUGUCGACUACGAGAAAGCCUUCGACAGCGUCAAAACCAACGCCAUUCUAUCAGCGCUAGGCGAUCAAGGAGUGAACCUAGCUUACGUGAGGACACUAGCCGACUGCUACAAGGACUGUAUAACGACCAAUCCAACUGAAAAGGGAUUCGACAAGGCGAUACAAUCUCGCCGAAGCUGUCUACUGCGGCCUUGCACUGAGGCGUGA